GUGGCGGCGCGUUCCGGGUGGCGCGUUCCGUUCCGCCUCCCUCCCCCCCCGCCCCGGGAGCGGCCUCAGCGGCAGCGGCGGCGACGGCGGCGGGAGGGCCCGGGGGCCGCUCCGGGCCGGGCCGCGCCACGCCGCCCAUGGAGCCUCUCGUAGAUUGAUGCUGAGGAGCCGAUCCGGUGCCGCUGACUCCGCCUGGCCUUGGCUAUGGACAUCGUCCUGUCGGAUUUUGUUCGCUCAACAGGGGCAGAGCCGGGACUGGCCAGAGACCUCCUUGAAGGCAAGAACUGGGACCUGAGCGCGGCGCUGAGCGACUUCGAGCAGCUCCGGCAGGUGCACGCGGGGAACCUCCCUCCUUCCUUCAACGAGGGCCGCGGGGCCCGGCCCCCCGAGCGGGAGGUGGGGCGGCCCGGGAGGCCCCCGCUGCAGCGCCAGGAUGACAUCGUGCAAGAGAAGCGCCUGUCCCGUGGCAUCUCCCAUGCCAGCUCCACCAUCGUGUCCCUGGCCCGUUCCCAUGUCUCCAGCAACGGCAGCAGCAGUGAACACCUGCUGGAGAUGCCCAUCUGCACCUUCCAGCUGCCCGACCUCACCGUGUACUCGGAGGAUUUCCGCAGCUUCAUCGAGCGGGAUCUGAUCGAGCAGUCCAUGCUGGUAGCACUGGAGCAGGCUGGGCGUCUCAACUGGUGGGUGACGGUGGAUCCGAGCUGCCAGCGGCUGCUGCCCCUGGCCACCACUGGCGACGGGAAUUGCUUGCUCCACGCUGCCUCCCUGGGUAUGUGGGGCUUCCACGACCGGGAUCUCAUGCUCCGGAAAUCCCUCUACACCCUGAUGGACAAGGGGGUGGAGCGGGAGGCGCUGAGGCGGAGAUGGCGCUGGCAGCAGACGCAGCAGAACAAGGAGUCUGGCCUGGUUUACACGGAGGAGGAGUGGCAGAAGGAGUGGAACGAGCUGAUCAAGCUGGCAUCCAGCGAGCCCCGCGUGCACUACAGCACCAACGGCGGCGGCUGCGGCGGGGUGGAGAGUUCAGAGGAGCCGGUGUACGAGAGCCUGGAGGAGUUCCAUGUCUUUGUCCUGGCCCACGUGCUGAAGAGACCCAUCGUGGUGGUGGCAGACACGAUGCUGCGGGACUCGGGCGGCGAAGCAUUUGCCCCAAUUCCCUUUGGAGGGAUCUAUCUGCCCCUGGAGGUCCCAGCCAGCAAAUGCCACCGGUCUCCAUUGGUUCUGGCUUAUGACCAAGCUCAUUUUUCUGCCCUGGUCUCCAUGGAGCAGAAGGAAAACACAAAGGAUCAAGCUGUGAUCCCCCUGACAGACUCUGAGCACAAGCUGCUCCCUGUGCACUUCGCCGUGGAUCCCGGGAAGGAGUGGCAGUGGGGGAAGGACGACAGUGACAAUGUCAAGCUGGCCAGCGUGACAUUAUCACUGGAAGCCAAACUGCACCUGCUGCACAGCUACAUGAAUGUCCGAUGGAUCACGUUGCCUUGUGACACGCAGGCACCUCUGGCUCAGCCUGAAUCCCCCACAGCCUCUGCGGGUGAUGACGCUCGCUCGGCAGCGGAGUCUGGCGAGUCUGACAAGGAGUCAGUGUGCAGCAGCUCUGCCAGUAACGGGGGCACCAGGGCAGGCAAGGACAGGGAGAAACCAAAGAAAGAGCGGGAAAAGGAGAAGGAAAAGGAUAAAAAACGGGCAGACUCAGUAGCCAACAAGCUGGGAAGCUUCGGGAAGACUCUGGGCAGCAAACUAAAAAAGAACAUGGGGGGCCUGAUGCACAGCAAAGCCAUGAAGGGCGGUGUGAGCAACGGGCAGGGCGACACCCUGGAGAAGAAGAAGAAAGGAUCCCUGAAGGCACGGAAAGACAGCAAAGAGGAAUGUGCCCCAGGAGACUUAGCUCCUGCAGAGAAAACGUGUCCAGGUAAAGCAGCCCUGGAGAAGCCGUCGGAUCCCCACAAGUACAGCAGCGACGUGCGGCUGAGCCUGAGCAUCCUGCGCGCGGCCAUGCAGGGCGAGCGCAAGUUCAUCCUCGCCAGCCACCUCAAGACCAGCACCCGGCACCAGUUCCAGGAAGAGAUGAUCCAGAGGUACCUCCUGGAUGCUGAGGAGCGUUUCCUGGCAGAGCAGAGGCAGAAGGAGGCAGAGAAGAAGGCGCUGGGCAGCGCUGCUCCAGCCAAGAGGCCAGAAGGGGAGGUGGGUGCCCAGCGGAGCGAGGAGCCUAUGCCAAGCCCUGUGUUCUCCCAGCCACCCCCCACCUACCCCCCCCAGCCCCUGGAGACAGCCGUGGGUGCUAAAAUAGCCUCUUUACCCACUGGCUAUUCUGGCGUUUUCACCUUCCCCAGGCCCUCCAUGGGCAGUGCUGAGGGGCUGCACCCACCCGGGUGCCCCGAGGGCCGGCGGCAGCUGGCGGGGGGGCCCUGUGGGAGCCUCCCCCCUUAUGCCACCCUGCCCCGGCACCACCAGGGCCGGCUCGGGCCCUGCCCCCCCGGCCCUGCCCACCUGGGCCGGUUCUCCCCCACGGACAUGGACAUCCAGCCUCCUUUCCCUUCGGAGUGCGAGGGCUCCGGCUGCCUCCCCCCGCACAGCAACGGCUGCCGGGAAUUCCUCGAGCACGACAAGGGAGGAACAGUGGAUAAAAUGAGAAGCCAAGCCCUCUACAACAUCCAGCAGACCAAGUGCAAACAGCCCAACUGCAGCUUUUAUGGACACCCAGAGACUGGGAAUUUCUGUUCCUGCUGUUACAAGGAGGAGCUGCGGCGCAGGGAGCGGGAGGCGCUGGUGCACAGGUUCUGAUGCUCCCCGCGUGGGUCCGGACCCGUGGAAUGUGGGGAAUGCAAUAACAGAGAUCCAGUUUGGUUUUACACCCACUCACGCUCCUCUCCCACUCUGCAGGAGGUGGGAGCAGGCAUUGGGCUGGAUGGGCUGGGAGAGGGGGGAAACCAGCCCUUGCUUUCCUGGAGCCCCUGCGAGGGAGGAGCGUUCCCAGGGGUGCCUGGGGACAGCAGGGGCUGCUCGGGUCGGAGCACAGGGUGAGAGGGGAGAAUUCCUCAAAAACUCAAUAAACCAGACCAAAGCUUUGGGAGCGGGCAGGGGGAGCAGCUCCCACCAGGUCCUUCCCACUUCCUGACCAUCUGGGACAAAGCAAAAAUGCCCCACUUUGAGCGUCACAAACGUUUUAAUGGAGUUUUUUAACACUGGUUUUAUUCUGUAUUUCUUCUUGCUGGUACUGAGCAACACCGUGUUGGAGUUGGACGUUGGUGAGGCGAGGUGGGUUGGAUGCCCCCCACUCAGUCCUGGAUGACUCUGAGCACCAGGACGGGCUCAGGGCUCUGUCCCCCCAUCUCCUACCCAUGAGCUCAACUCUGGUUUUAAAAUGUUUUUAAACUCUUUCUGAGGUGGGGGAAGCCAGGAGGACUCCCAGCGCUCAAGGGAUUGGAGGUUUCUCUUCCUGUGUGGAACUCAGCCCACAGGAGAGCCGAGGCAAGAUCCUGGGUCAGCGUCUCCUGCCAGGAAUUCCCAGUGGCGUGGGGCAAAUCCCCGAGGAAUACCCACUGGAAAGGGAUCUCAGAGCACCCCCAGUCCCGGGGUGGAGCCAGGGGGUCACAGCCCCAUGUAACUCCUACUUGAGCACAGCUACUCUGUACUACCUCUGAUCUUGAUUAACUUGGCUCCGUUGUGCUGAGCCACCAACUGACCUUUAGGCUGCAGAAUUAAUCCAUAUUUUUGAUAACAGGGCUAAAAAGUAGAACAAUAAGGUAAAAUCCUCCUAUGACUAACGUCCCGCACCAUUCCUGACCCCAUCCUGGCCCCCUGACUCCCAGGGUGGGAUUCACUUUAGCACUGCGAUGUUUGCACAGAAUUCCUUGGGUUUUUUGGUAACUGCAGCUCCCAAACUGGGCCUGAUCCUGCACGGAGUGAGGUGCAGCAUUUCCUAUCACAUGGAAAUAAAACAGGAGUUACAUCCUUCAGCCAGA